AUGAUUAUUGUGAACAAAACAAGCACACGAAUGACACUUUCACUCUGCGUGGUGCUAGCAGUUGUGAUUAUAAUUUCAAUUCUGACCGAGGGAUCAAAAACAUCAUUCCGAAUCCACAACGAAAGUCAUCCUCUUCUUCGAAAGGCAGUAAUUUCAACGAUACAAUUCAAACAUGGUCGAUAUUUGAAACUCCCAAAUUGUUUUCAAUUUGAUUGGUCUGCCAUUUCAUUUUACACUCAAUUUUCCAUUACUAACAACAAGUUACACGAGUCACAUGCAAACAAGGGUCCUGUCAAACAAUCCACAACUUCAAAUGUGAUUCUUUCACUUCAAGAUCAUGGAAAUUGGUAUAAUGUUUAUUUAUGGAAAAUGGCCAAUGAUUCUUUGAAUGCUGAAUCCUCUCGAAUACUUGUCGAUACUCAAAUUCUUGUGACCAAUCAAACAUCCUCUCCAAAAAAUUAUACAGUGAGUUUCACAUGGCAGAUUCAUCCAAGUGAACUUGGAGCUUUUACUUCUUAUGAAAUUGAAGUUGAAAAGAGAACAGAAGCAUUCUUAGGAAUUGUUUCAUUAUAUGGAAUGUAUCUUGCAAAUGAUGACGAUGACAACAUGAUUCACAUCCAUAACACAAAAUCUCAAACUCAUUCCUCAUCUUUUUCUACGAGUAGUAGUAGUAGUAGUAGUACUUUUACCAGUCUCCACAAUACAACUAAGGAAGAUCUCAUUGUAGAAUUCUUGGGAGAUUCUCUUUCAUGUGCCUAUGGUAAUUUAGGUCAUCCACCAUGUGCUUACACUCCAUCCACUCAGGACGUUCAUCAAAGUUUUGUGAUAAAAACUGCUCAAUAUCUUCAAGCGAGUGAAUAUCAUGUGGAGUGUUGGAGUGGAAAGGGUGUGGUUCGAAAUUUUGGAGAAAAUUCCACACAAUCCAAAGAUCCAUUUCCUUAUUAUUAUCCAAGAACGAUUGCAAAUUCUGGAGAGUAUGAAUGGAAUUAUCAAACUUAUAUUCCUCAUUUGGUGGUGAUUACCUUAGGAGGAAAUGAUUUCAGUACCUCACCACGUCCUUCCUUCUCUGAAUACUAUCAAGGCUAUCUUAAAUUAUUGGAAUUUAUUUUUUCAAACUAUGAAAAGGCUCAACAACGGAACGUAUUGAGAGAAACAGUUUUGAAACCUGUCACUGCAAUCGAUACCACCACGACAACCGAUUCAGGAAGAAUGAAUCGUCUCAAAGUAGUGUUAGUAUGUGGUCCGCUCAUGUAUGAUUGUUAUGAAAAUUUCACAGAACGAGUCGCAGAGAAUGCAAAACAUAAAUUUGGAGAACAUUCCAUUCAUUUUCUCUCCAUGCACAACUUGUUGAAUGCUGAACACGAUAUUGGUUGUGCUGGUCACCCCAAUACACGUGGUGAUGAGAAGAUGGCUCGCUUGUUAAGCGAUUUUAUCAAGAGUAACGUGUUGCUUUAG